GGACAGGAUGUUUGAAUAGCAUAUCAGAGCGAUAGUUGAGAAUAUAGGCAACAUUUAUAGUUGGCAAGUGAGAGAUUAAUGCGCAGGCUGAGUAAAAUGUGGAAUUACUUGUACUUGUGUGGAGUUUUGUUCUUAGGAAACCACAUUGUGGACACAGCUGUUGUUGAUUGCGAUGAUGUGCAUCUUCAUUGUACCAAUAAAGAUUUUCAUGAUUCGUUAGAAACUGAACCAUUUAGCUUACUGGACGAAGAAACACUGGAUACCCACUGCAACGAUAUUUUGGAUGACUUAGAAUGCAAAAGAAGCUAUUUAGCACAAUGUCAUCCUGAAGGCUUUGAUAGCUACACCGCCAUAACUGAUGGACCUAAAAGCGUUCUAAAAGAUCUUUGCAACAAAUCUUCCACUCUCAGGAAAGAAUAUCAUGAAUACAGUCCUUGCUUGUCUAAUUCAACACAUUUGUAUGAAAACUGUAUAUUCCAAACCAUUGUGGAUACUGGCAGCGAUGGACACUUUGACGAUGAAUACAACGAUUAUACCCAAGGAGCAAGUGAUGUUGAUAUCCAAAGGAGUUGCAGGUUGUACUUGCCAUUAAAGAAUUGCUUGGUUCGAGAGACUAUCAUGAAUUGCAAUCAAGAAACAGCAAACUUCUUGGAUAAAAUUGUUGUUCGAGCUGCUAAAAGCUUUAUUCAGUCUAAGUGUCAGAAUAUAUCCUAAAUCAUACAAGUUGGAUAUGUAAGAUGUAAUUACUCAUUAAAAACAAUAAAAUUUUUAUUUUGAAAGCAA